CUCAGGUAACAGGUGGCAGCUUCCCUGCUGGAUUCUAGGUAUAAAAAAGAAUGACCUCAUAGGGGUGGAGCUCUGGGACUCCGUACAGGUGGCAGUCACAGCCAGGUAACCCUGGAGUGAAGCCGUUUAGUAAGAAGGGGGCAGUUAAACUCGUUACUCUGGUGGCUUCAACUCUGACUCCAAGACACUGCAACAAACAGCCAUUGCCUACAAGUCUCCAGACUUGUCUUUGCCUCAGAUGGAGCCCAAAGAAGCCACUGGGAAAGAGAACAUGGGCACCAAGAAGAAGAAUCUGACCUUCUUAAGGCCCAGGCUCUAUAUGCUGGAGAGAAGGAAGACUGACACAGUGGUUGACAGCAGUGUUUCUGGGGACCACUCUGGUACCUUGAGGAGGAGCCAGUCUGACAGGACCGAAUACAACCAGAAACUUCAAGAAAAGAUGACUCCCCAGGCCGGGGCUUCUGCCACUGAGACCCUAACUCAGGAGGAGCACCAGGUGCAGAGAAUGAUGGCAAAGCGUUCGAAAAUCAUUAAGGAGCUGAUACAGACGGAAAAAGACUACCUCAAUGAUCUCGAGUUGUGCAUUAGGGAAGUGGUUCAGCCCUUGAGAAAUAAACAGAUUGAUCGGCUGGACGUGGAUAGCUUGUUUAGCAACAUUGAAUCAGUGCAUCAAAUAUCAGCCAAACUGCUGUCAUUGCUGGAAGAGGCCACAACAGACGUGGAACCAGCCAUGCAAGUAAUCGGAGAAGUAUUCUUGCGGAUUAAAGGACCACUGGAAGAGAUUUAUAAAAUCUACUGCUACCACCAUGAUGAGGCGCACAGCAUACUGGAAUCCUAUGAAAAGGAAGAAGAGCUGAAGCAACAUUUGAGCCACUGUAUCCAGUCCUUAAAGAACAUAUACAUGCAAGAAGGCAAACCAAACUUACUGGACAUGGGCUCUUUGAUGAUCAAACCAAUCCAGCGUGUAAUGAAAUACCCCCUCUUGCUGUGUGAACUUCGAGGCUCCACUCCUCCCUCCCACCCAGACUUCAGGGCACUGGGAGAUGCCUUCACUGCAGUGAAAGACAUUAAUGUGAACAUCAAUGAACUUAAAAGACGGAAAGAUUUAGUUCUAAAAUACAAGAGGAAUGAUGAGGAAGAAUCACUUAAAGAUAAAUUGUCUAAACUAAACAUUCAUUCAAUUAGCAAGAAAUCAAAAAGAGUGACAAAUCACCUAAAGAUUCUGACCAGAGGAGAGCCACAGGUGAAAGACAAUACCUUCAAUAGAGAAGAAAAGCUGUUCAGAUCUUUAGAAAAGACGGUGAGGCACUGUAUGAAGAACAUUACACUCUGUCAUCAACACAUCCAGGAUGCUUUGCCCUUAGCGCUGCAGAGUGUGAUGGCGCUCCAGGAGAUCUCAUGCAACAAAGAUAAGGAGGAGAGGAGCCAUUCGGAGACCCCAAGUAAUGCCCCCAAUCCCUGCAGUGACUUUGCAGCCCAUUUACAGAGGCUUGUCCUGAUGCCCCUGUCGGCCCUGCUGUCCUUAUUCACGGGGCCGCAGAAGCUCAUCCAGAAACGCUAUGACAAACUGCUGGACUGCAACAGCUCCCUGCCACGGGUAGCCGGAGAUGAGACAGACUUGGCCAAAAAAGAGUAUGAGGCCCUCAAUGCCCAGCUCGUGGAGGAGCUCCAGGUGUUCAACCAGGCUGCUCGAAAGAUCCUGUGGAACUGUCUGUGCAGUUUCAUGGCUCUCCUCAGAGACCUGACCCUCGCGGCUCAGCAGGUUUAUUCCACCGUGGCGCCGGUACCACAGUUGGACUCAAGAAUCUCUGAAAUUCAGAAUCAAGUACUAGAAGAGGUUCAAAAUCUUAAUUUUGUGAAGGACAACAGUGCCACUUUUAUUGAGAGGAAACUUAGUUUUGAAAAGAAGAAGUCUGUGCAAAUUCUGCCAGAAGUGCCCCGUCAAACUGACAUUCACCGCUCCAAACUACUAUCCACAUAUGGUAAAGAAGAACUCUACCAAGCGAAACGCAAGUGUAACGCUACCCAAGAAUAUGACAUCAAUCUUCUGGAAGGGGAGUUGGUGGCUGUGGUGGAACAGAAGGAUCCGCUGGGGAGUACAAGCAGGUGGCUUGUUGAUACAGGAAUUAUAAAAGGAUAUGUGUAUUCCUCCUUCCUAAAACCCUACAAUCCAGCGAAAGUACAGAAGGUGGACACUGAGAACAGGUUUGGUGAUGACGAUUUUGAUAACAUCAGCCUCUUCGUGUCCUCACGGCCAGCUACUGACAGUGUCACAGGCACCCCGGAAAGUAGCAUAAGUGAUAGCAGCUCAUCUCUUAGUGGCACAUGUGGGAAGUUUGAAACAAACGGCACGGAUGUUGACGGUUCUCAGGAGGUAGAUGAACAGAUUUUCUAUGCAGUUCAUGCCUUUCAAGCACGAAGUGACCAUGAACUCAGUCUUCAGGAAUAUCAAAGAGUACAUAUCCUUAGAUUUUGUGACCUAAGUGGCAAUAAAGAGUGGUGGUUAGCUGAAGCUCAGGGGCAGAAAGGAUAUGUGCCAGCUAACUACCUUGGGAAGAUGACUUAUGCUUAAGAAAAGAAGCCUCAAAUUAUGGACCACCUCAUAAAACUUACAUUACAAAAUGUUGGUCUAGAAGUUAAGAAACCACCCAACUACAUGAACUGAUCCUGUAUCAAGUUUUAAGGAAGACUGUGCUUCCUAACAAGAUUAUUUCAAAAUGUAUGUUGAAGAAUACAUAUUGAAGGAAACACUUAACAAUCACAAACAGCAGAACAAAUAACUCAAGCUCAAGAAACAGACCGCUCAAGCUCCAAGUAUCAACUACGUAAAAGUGGAGAUCUUUGAAAAGUAUCACUUUCGGCAGCAUCUGCAAUGUCUCCACCGAAACUGGAUAUUCACAAUGCUUAGCCCUAGAUCCCACUUCUCACCCUACACGCCCAUCUUAGAAAAAGUCCGAAGUUGAUCAUCUGCAUGUGCACACUCAAGAUAAAGGAAACUGAACCUAUUCACACUGAAUGCACUGUUAGGGUUGCCAUCUCAUAACGGCUCUAGAAAGCUUUGCCCUGUCUUUGGACGCUCUUGCGACCCCUUCUAACAAAAAUCCUUUCAAAGAUGCUGCGCAUUUCCAUCCUCUCCGGAAUUCUUCUUGGCCCUGGGUUACACCGAAAUCUUAGGGACUCGUCUGGAAACGCAGAGCAAGCAGAAGACUAAGAUUCCAGUCAACCAAGGGACAGAGAAGCUGAAAAGGGGCAGCAGACGCUCAGAAAAGGAAUUCCGAUCCUUUGAUCAAAACAUGACCCCGAAGGCCUAGCACGGGGUAAGGUCUCUAAGGAGGGACCCCGAGAGAAGGUAAGAGGCGGAAAGAGGGAGCUGCAUGGACACGUCGCCAAAACCUUCCGAGAAGGGUCCGGGACAGACUUCCAGGAGCCUAGUCCCUGGGGCCGCGCCUCAGCCGACGAGCCCUAGCCAGAAACACCCUACGAGGAAGCACAACCCUCGCUGAAGGGAGAGAGCGGUCAGCCUGGGGCGCGCGACCCCCCGCAAAUUACAAGGUUUUCCCAUGAGGAGCGAGGAAACUCAGACCCCACGCAACUACUCUCCCACCUCGCCUCGCGGAGGUCUCGAGCCUCCCAGAGGCGGCUGGGAGCCGGCUAGCUCGUCACAACUCACCGCUCCGCCCCGCAGCUUCGUCCGUUCCCGGAGGCCCCUUCCGAACCGCUCCCGGAACUAGCCCUCUCCGAGGACGAGGAAACAAAGGUUCCUGCAGCGGCGCGAAGAGGGGAACUUUUUGGUUGUGCCACGGUGGGAAGUGACGUAACCGCCAGUUUCCGGUCCGCCGGAUUAUGAAUGACGGCCGACGCCGCUGUUUCCAAGAGACCGUGCCUUGGUGUUUCUUUCCCGGCCUUUCUGGCAGCCAGAGGUCGGUGGGCGAAGACUCGCAGAAGCUGCCUCGGAAACCUGGCUCGAGCGGGGUGGGUAGGCGCGGGCGGCUUGUGUCGCUGACACGCUCGUGCACCCUCCCUGCCUGGCCGCGCCUCUGCGACCAGGUAAAGAGGGCGCUCGGGCCGCCGGCUCCGCCGUCCCCCGACCCCCCUGAGUACUCCUUGCCUCCGGAGGAGACUGGCUGACGCUGCGGGGUGGGGAGGAGCGGGGCGGGAAGGGCAAGCGCCUGGAAUUAGUGGCCCGACCGAUCUCCGGUUUGGGGGCCCCUCAGUCUCUUCAGACAGUCACAGCUAAUGAGAGAACGGGUGGAGGGCUCCGGGCGCUUUCUCAGGGUUCCCCCGGCCAGUCCCCGUGGCUUCCUCUGCUCAUGGAGUGGAGCAGCUUCUCGUUAAAAUCUGUCUGUGGGGUCGUUUCCCGUUUGCUGCUAAGUGUAGUUUUAAGACCUUCUGGCACGCUUGAACUUUUUUUCUUUGGCACUUAGUUUUUCAUUCCACGCUUUCCUGGUUGGAGAAAGCACUUUGUAUGCACUUGUAUGCACAUGAACAGUUGCUCCAAAGGACUUGCUUUGUUUGGGGCCAUUCGUUUCUAUCGAAGCAGUGUUUCAGGUCGGUUUUAAACUUCUGUGUAGAAAGUUUGAGUUUAACUUGCAUGAAAAUUGCUUUGGCUUCUGAAACAUUUACUGACACCCGUACCUCCCGUCCCAGCUCGACCUGGUUUGGGAUUAGGUGGCUUGUUUUUUUCCCGAGAUCCCAUUUCUUGUCACAAAUUCUUGAAUAUCAAGGAAAUGCCAGCAUUUGCUCAUCUAUCUUGUGUUAAAUUAUUGAUUUAAUAGACUGCUGCUUUUUCCAAGUUUAUCUGUAGAAAAAGUAUUAGAGAAAAUGAAAAAGCUGGCCAGGAUUAGUGGUGUGGCAAUUGUAAACAUAGUCAUUUAAAUAUUGUGAAAAUAAAUUUUUUGUUAUAAAUGCAACUGAAUGAUUUGCUGUCAUAUUUAAUAAAUCAAACUUUAAGCUA